AGAAGAAGAGGAGGAGGCGGAAGUUCCUCACGCGCGGUCUCUCUGCAGGCGCACAGAAGGAAGAUGGCGGACGGUGGAAGUGCUUCUGCUAAGAAAGAGAAGAAGAAGAAGAAAGCAAAGGUUUCAGAUGAAGAAGUCGGGGAAAUCCAAGAAACUGGAGACUUUCUCAUCAAACCUGAAUCCAAAGUUGCCAAACUUGACACAUCCCAGUGGCCGUUGCUGCUCAAGAACUUUGAUAAGCUGAACAUCAGGACAGCACACUACACGCCUCUGCCACAUGGCUCAAAUCCCCUGAAGAGGAACAUUCACGAUUACGUCAGAUCUGGUUUUAUUAACCUGGACAAGCCAGCGAAUCCGUCCUCUCAUGAAGUGGUUGCAUGGGUCAAACGCAUCCUGCGUGUGGAGAAGACCGGUCACAGCGGGACGUUGGACCCAAAGGUCACAGGUUGUCUGAUUGUGUGUAUUGACAGAGCAACACGAUUGGUCAAAUCUCAGCAGAGUGCCGGCAAAGAGUACGUGGGCAUAGUACGGCUGCACAAUGCAAUAGAGAGCGAACACCAGCUCGCGAGGGCUCUGGAGUGUCUCACUGGAGCGCUGUUCCAGAGGCCGCCUCUAAUCGCCGCGGUGAAGCGGCAGCUACGAGUCAGGACCAUUUACGAGAGCAAGCUCAUCGAGUACGACCCGGAGAAAAGGCUCGGGAUUUUCUGGGUAAGCUGCGAGGCAGGGACGUACAUCAGGACGCUGUGUGUUCAUCUCGGGCUGCUACUGGGAGUCGGAGGUCAGAUGCAGGAGCUCAGGAGGGUUCGCUCUGGAGUGUUGGGUGAGAAGGACUGUAUGGUGACCAUGCAUGAUGUAUUAGAUGCUCAGUGGCAGUUUGACCACAACAAGGAUGAGACGUACCUGAGAAGAGUCAUCUACCCUCUGGAGAAGCUGCUCGUCAGCCAUAAGAGGAUCGUCAUGAAGGACAGUGCGGUCAAUGCUAUUUGUUAUGGUGCUAAAAUCAUGUUACCAGGUGUGUUACGGUAUGAAGAUGGCAUAGAGGUGAACCAGGACAUCGUCAUCAUUACGACUAAAGGAGAAGCCAUUUGUACAGCUGUAGCAUUAAUGACGACGGCAGUCAUUUCGACAUGCGACCACGGUGUUGUGGCUAAAAUCAAGAGAGUCAUCAUGGAAAGAGACACGUAUCCACGCAAAUGGGGCUUAGGGCCAAAGGCAAGUCAGAAGAAAAUGAUGAUCCAGAAAGGCCUUCUAGAUAAACACGGCAAGCCCAACGGCAGCACUCCCACUGACUGGAAGGAGGGUUAUGUGGAUUACAGUAAACCCAAAGCAGCAGCAGUCACUGUUGAAGAUGGUGAUGCGAAUCAGGCAGGAGUGAAGAGGAAACGUGACGAGAGCGGAAGCGAGGGUGAAGCCACGCCCUCGACCCCAAAGACAGACGAGGUUAAGAAAGAGAAGAAGAAAAAGAAGAAAGAAAAGAAAUUGAAACUGGCUGAGGAAGCAGCGGCAGCAGGAGAAGCAGAGGUCACAGAAAGCAGCAAAAAGAAGAAGAAAAAGAAGGUGAAAGAGGCCGAGGCUGGCUCGGACUGAAAAUCUAAAGACUGUUAAAGCUGACCGAGUCAGGAUAUGGUGGAGUGAUCACCUGGGGUCAGCUGGAACUUCGGCCCUGCUCCUCUUUCUCUUCCUCACCCCAUCUUUGGUUGCCGUCAACCAAGCAACUGAUCUUAGGGAUGGGUCUAAUGUGUCUAAAGUGACCUUGUGACUUCCAGUCGUCACUCUUGAGAUGCAUAGCGUGUGGAAGAGCAAGCCUGAACUCUCUCUCUAAAUAUAUUGUGCAGUUCAAUUUUAAUCAGAUUGAAUGUCGAUACACACCUUUCAAAACUAAGCUAAUUUUUUGGAAGCUGUGAAUAAAACACCCUUUUUGUAUUUUUACCUUGCUCUUUUUAUCUCCAGUAUUGAAACCCUCAUGUUCUGCUUUUCUUUGUAUGUUAAAGAAUGCUCCGUUAUUUUGUAUGCUGUAUAUAACAGAGGAUCAACUUAUCAAAGAGUUGGAUCAAAUAAGAUUAAAAAAAAAAAAGUGUACUUGUUUUUAUUUAUCCACACAAAGAUGUUCACAAGUUCAGUGUUGGAUAUUUUUAUUUAUUCAGUCACUUUCAAAAGUGCAACACUUCCAUGAGCUACGUCCAGAACAACGGAUGCUGAACCGUCACCAACAACUGUUUGUUUUCCCUGUUUUUUUAAAUACAGCGAGUGUAUACAUGGUGGAGUUUGAUGGUAUUAUUACACCAGAACACUGAAACCAUGUUUGAGCCUGAACAGAGUGGUGUUUAUCACAGUAGUGGUCCUUUUUGCAUCGUUUAUCUGACACCAUCAACCUGAUUUAUUUUUUCUUAACUGGCACUGUAUAUAACUUUUUUUUUUUUUAUCUGAUUCAUAUCUGGAAAAAAACCUCUAACUUAUUGCUUUUUAAUUAAAAAAAGUUUUAAAUACA